AUGUUUUACGACUCCGAAAACGUCUCCAAUAUUACCAUUAACGCAACCUCCAGGACGUUUAACACGGAGACUGCCACCGACGAUGAGGAAACACCCGAUGCUCAGCCACCGCCGCUGCCGACGCCCACCACCAACCCCACCAUCAAAUUCGCAACUCCCGCGUCGAUAAUAUCAAUGAUUACCACCACUCCCGCUUCCUUCAACUGCAAAAAUACUGCUAACGCUCCACCGCCCACCAUCGUAACCAUUACCACCACCGUCCCUACUACAAACAAUAUGGGCUCGAUCCCAACCUGUCCCCGUUGCGGUCGCACCCUCAUAGCAUGCGUAGGCCGGGUCGGUCACUCGCGAAUCCAUCGCACUUAG